CGCCUAACGCCGCCAACAUGGUGAGUCUUACUGAUGCGGGCUCAGGGGCUGGCGACCAUGCAGCUCGACCUCCACCUCUGCUGGGAAGCUGAGGCGCCGAACGGCUCCCAGAGGGUCCCGGGAACCGCAUGGUGUUCAGGCGCUUCGUGGAGGUUGGCCGGGUGGCCUACGUCUCCUUUGGACCUCAUGCCGGAAAAUUGGUCGCGAUUGUAGAUGUUAUUGAUCAGAACAGGGCUUUGGUCGAUGGACCUUGCACUCAAGUGAGGAGACAGGCCAUGCCUUUCAAGUGCAUGCAGCUCACUGAUUUCAUCCUCAAGUUUCCACACAGUGCCCGCCAGAAGUAUGUCCGACAAGCGUGGCAGAAGGCAGACAUCAAUACAAAAUGGGCAGCCACACGAUGGGCCAAGAAGAUUGAAGCCAGAGAAAGGAAAGCCAAGAUGACAGAUUUUGAUCGUUUUAAAGUUAUGAAGGCAAAGAAAAUGAGGAACAGAAUAAUCAAGAAUGAAGUUAAGAAGCUUCAAAAGGCAGCUCUCCUGAAAGCUUCUCCCAAAAAAGCACCUGGUACUAAGGGUACUGCUGCUGCUGCUAAAGUUCCAGCAAAAAAGAUGACCACCGCGAGUAAAAAGGCUCCAGCCCAGAAGGUUCCUGCCCAGAAAGCCACAGGCCAGAAGGCUGCGCCUGCUCCAAAAGCUCAGAAGGGUCAAAAAGCUCCAGCCCAGAAAGCACCUGCUCCAAAGGCAUCUGGCAAGAAAGCAUAAGUGGCAAUCAAAAAAAGUAAUAAAGGUUCUUUUUGACAUGUUGGCAAAUGUA